CUCAGCCACAGUGGUUUCUUUUGUGAAUAUUAUUUCUUUUUUAAAAAAUGCAGCAGUUAAAAUUUACAGGUUUUAUUUUCUUCUUGUUCAUUUUGAUUGAGUCCCUAACCCUGCCCACACAGCUUCAAGAAGUCGAUAACUUCAAUGUUACCCAGAAAUUUAUAAAUGAGAACACUGCAUCCAUGACCAUCAUUGCAUUUGCUCAGUAUGUCCAGGAAGCAACAUUUGAUGACAUGGAAAUGCUGAUCAAAGAUAUGAUGAAAUACAAAGAUAAGUGCUUGGGUGACAAGACACUUCCAGAGUGUUCAAAACUGGCUAAUAAUGUUUUACAGGAAAUGAUGUGUUCCAUGGAGGGGCUGCCUCAGAAAUAUAACUUUUCACAUUGCUGUAGGAAAGUUGACUUUAAAAGAAGACUCUGUUUCUUUUAUAACAAGAAAGCCAAUGUAGGAUUUCUGCCUCCUUUCCCUACUCUGGAUCCUGAAGAGAAAUGUGAGGCUUAUAAAAAUACCAGAGACUCUUUUCUAAAUCAAUAUAUAUAUGAAGUUGCCAGAAGGAACCCCUUUGUCUUCGCCCCUACACUUCUUACUGUUGCUGCUCGCUUUGAAGAAGUUGCAAAAACCUGUUGUGAAGAACAACAGAAAGCCAACUGUUUUCAGGAAAAGGCCACACCAAUUACACAGUAUUUAAAAGCAUUUUCUUCUUAUCAAAAAAAUGUCUGUGGGGCCCUUAUGAAAUUUGGACCGAAAGUCUUAAACUCUAUAAACAUUGCUGUGUUCAGUAAAAAAUUCCCCAAGAUUGAAUUUAGGGAACUUACCUCUCUUCUGAAAGAUGUUUCUUCUAUGUAUUAUGGGUGCUGCGAAGGGGAUGUUUUGCAGUGCAUCCAUGACCAGAGCAAGGUUAUGAGCCAUAUUUGUUCAAAACAAGAUUCCAUCUCCAGCAAAAUCAAAGAGUGCUGUGAGAAGAAAAUACCAGAACGUGAAGACUGCAUAAUUAACUCGAAUAAAGAUGACAGACCAAAGAAUGUGUCUCUAACAGAAGCAAAACUUACUGGCAGUGAACAUUUGUGUCAAGAGAGAGAUACAGACCCAGACAACUUCUUUGCCAAGUUUCUUUAUGAAUACUCAAGAAGACAUCCAGACCUGUCUACAUCAGAGCUUCUGAGAAUUACUGGAGUGUAUGAGGAUUUUCUGGGGGAUUGCUGCAGCAGAGAGACACCCACAGAUUGUUACCGUCAUGUGGAAGGCAAAUUUAAUGAAACAACUGGGAAAAGCCUUCAGAUUGUACAACAAGAAUGUAAACAUUUCCAAAACUUGGGGGAAGAUGGCUUGAAAUAUCACUAUCUUAUUAAGCUCACAAAAAUAGCCCCCCAGCUUUCCACUGAAGAACUGAUCUCUCUUGGCAAGGAGAUGGUGACAGCUCUGACUACCUGCUGCACACUAAGUGAUGAGUUUGCCUGUGUUGAUGAUUUGGCAGAUUUAGUUCUUGGAGAAUUAUGUGGAAUAAAUGAAAAUCGAACCAUCAAUCCUGCUGUGGACCACUGCUGUACAGCCAAUUUUGCCUUCAGAAGGCCCUGCUUUGAGAGUUUGAAACCUGAUAAAACAUACAUACCUCCCCCGCUUUCUCAAGAUCUAUCUGUUUUUCCUGUCGACUGGUGUCAGUCUCAGAAUGAGGAGCUUCAGGGAAAAAAAUACAGCUAUAGGUUUCUUAUCCAGUUAGUGAGACUGAAGCUUCAACUUGCUGACAAGGAGCUGCUAUCUCUGUUGACACAAUUCAUCACUGGGGUGAAGAAAUGCUGCACAGCUCCAGAACCAGAAGCUUGUUUUCAUGAAAAGAGACCAGACAUUGGCUCCUAAGCCAGGCUACUUAGAAACAUGAAAUGGAAAGCACCAGAGCAAAGACAAAUGUAGAUGCUUCCUAUGUUUCUGGUAGUGAAUUUCAUUUCAUGAGAAGAAGGAAGCAAAAGGAUUCUUCUGAAAUCUUUACUUGAAAUUGUGUUAUUGAAGCAAUGAAACAAACGUAUAAAGUUAUUUCUCACACUGAUGUCAUCUAUCAACCUGAUCACCAAAUUAAGCAGUAUCAUUCAUUCAUUCUGUCAAUGUCUUUUGCACACUGGUGGUACCUGCCCUACUCCAUGGAAGUUAUAAUUGUUUUAGCCCUGUGACGACAGAAUGCUACCAGACCCUGUUCAUGCCACCACGGAGGAGAUGGAAUGUUGAAAGCAUGCACCUCUGCUAGCACAUCUUAUCCUACUCACUGCUGGCAACGUUUUCAAUGUACUCGGUAUUGUUCCAGGUACUUUACAUGCAUUAUCUCAUUUAGUCAUAACGAGUUUAUACAAGGUACCAUUUACAAUCUCCCUGAGAUUUGGGGAGAUAAACUAAUCUGUUCCACGCAAUAAAGACUGGUAACU